AUGACCAAAAAUUACAAAAAGGAUUCAGAAGACUACCUGACGAUUUGCUUGAAGUAUCUACUAUUUGUUUUUAACAUCAUCUUCUGGGUGGCUGGUGUUGGUGUGCUUCUCACUGGAGCUUGGACACUGAAUGAAAAGAGAGACUACCUGAACCUUCUGCCAUCUAGCACCUUUGCUGUCUCUGCCAGUAUCCUUAUCUUCGCUGGAAGCCUUGUGACAAUCACUGGGUUCCUUGGGUGCUGUGCUGUUAUUCGAGAGCAGAAGUCUGCCCUUGUAGCAUACUUUUCUUCACUCUUGUUAAUCUUCCUGAUCGAGCUGGUAGCCGGCAUCCUUGCUUGUGUUUAUUAUCAAAGGUUGAGUGAAGAGUUGAAAGAGCAGCUGAACAAAGAGAUGAUGGAGAAUUACGGGCAGCCAGGAGAGGGCAGCAUCACCCAGUCCAUCGAUCGGCUUCAGCAAGACUUUAAAUGCUGUGGCAGCAACAGCUCGUCUGACUGGCAGGACAGUGUCUACAUUCUCUCCCCUGACUCGGGUGACAGGCUUGUACCUGACAGUUGUUGUAAAACUGUAACAGAGGCCUGUGGCCAACGAGACCACCCAUCAAAUGUCUACAAGGUAGAGGGAGGAUGCCUCGUCGUUCUGGAGCAGGUAUUUGCAGAUCACCUGUUGAUCAUGGGAGCUGUUGGCAUUGGCGUGGCCUGCCUGCAGCUGAUUGGAGCCGUAACAACUGCCUGCUUCAUCUGCGUGAUCAUCAGAGAGGAGGAGGAGUUUUUCCAGAACUGACGGCUUGCCUGUUUGUGGAACGAGGUGACCUGUUGGUGUCGAGUGGAUCCACGAUAGUAGCUGAUCUCUGUGGCAGGGGUACACUCAGAAGUUGCAGUACAUUUACUGGCUGCAGAAUGUAGGAGCAAAAUAAUAUAUAAAUCAUUUCUAACCAUAAUGUGUACAAAUCCCAGUUACUGUGCCUUGCUCAGUCUGACAUUGAAUUAACAUAGAGCAGGUAUCAGGGUGGAAAUAAUUAAAGUUACAUGUGCAUGUUAAAAUAUAUCACACUGCCUAACACUAGUUGUGCUCAAUACCGCACUAGCUUACAGCAAAAUGUAACGUUACUGACACAGGUUUAAGGACAUCAGCCAUUUAGUGCAUUGAACGUGCUGCACCAUUCACUGAUAUCAAAUGUGUCAUUGCCUUAAUCGGCAGGGUCUUCCCGCCCUCCCAUAAGGCCAUUAAAGACAGAAGCAGAAUUAGGCCAUUUGGCCCAUUGAGUCUGCUCUGUCAUUCCAUCAUGGCUGAUUUAUUAUCCCUUUCAACCCUAUUCUCCUGCCUUCUCACCAUAACCUGUGAUACCCUGACUAAUCAAAAACCUAUUAACCUCUGCUUUAAAUAACCCAACUUGGUCUCCACAGCCACCUGUGGCAAUGGAUUACACAGAUUCACUGCCCUCUGCCUAAAGAAAUUCCUCCUCAUCUUUGUUCUGAAUGGACCUCCUUCUGUUCUGAAGCAGUGCCCUCUGCUCCACCCUGUCUAGCCCCUUCAAUAUUCGAUAAGUUUCUGAGAUCGCCCCUCAUUCUUCUAAAUUCCAGAAAGUACAGGCCCAGAGCCAUUAAACACUCCUCAUACAUUAACCCUUUCAUUCCUGGGAAUAUUCUUGUGAACCUCCUCUGAACCGUCUCCAAUACCAACACAUCAUUGGGGUCUGUUUUGGGGGAGGUACGACCUGCACAAAAAGGAUGGGUUACACCUGAACCCAAAGGGGUCCAAUAUCCUAUGAGACAGGUUUAUAGAGCUGUUAGGGAAGGUUUAAGCUAAUUUUGCAGAGGGGUGGGAACCACAGUGAUAGGGCUGAGGAACAGGGAAACAGAAAUAAAUCAAAGAUAACGUGCAACAGAGAUGAUAGAAAAGACAGGCAGGAAAUGAGGCAUGAUCACAGCCAGUGGGAUGAUUUACAGGUCAAUAGAGGCGUGGUGCAGUUAAAAUAGAAAACAACAAAUACUGGACUGAAAGUGUUAUAUUUGAAUGCACGCAGCAUAAGAAAUAAAAUGGACGAUCUUGAAAUUCAGAUUGGCAAGUAUGACAUUGUAGCCAUCUCUGAAGCUUGGCUAAAGGAUGGCUGCCAUUGGGAGCUGAACAUCUAAGGAUGAACAAUGUAUCAGAAAGAUAGGUUAGUAGGCAGAGGGGGUGGUGAGGCCCUGUGUAUAAGAAAUAAUAUUAAAUCAUUAAUUAUACUUUAUUGUCACCAAACAAUUGAUACUAGAGUGUACAAUCAUCACAGUGAUAUUUGUUUCUGCACUUCGCGCUCCCUGAAGUACAAAUCGAAGUAAAUAUAAUAAAAAUUUAAAUUAUAAAUCAUAAUUAGAAAAUAGAAAAGGGAAAGUAAGGUAGUGCAAUUCAGGUCCAGAUAUUUGGAAGGUACGACCCAGAUCCGGGUCGGGAUCUGUUCAGCAGUUUUAUCACAGUUGGAAAGAAGCUGUUCCCAAAUCUAGCCAUAUGAGUCUUCAUGCUCCUGAACCAUCUCCCGGAGGGAAGUGGGACAAAAAGUGUGUUGGCUGGGUGGGUCUUGUCCUUGAUUAUUCUGGCAGCACUGCUCCGACAGCGUGCGGUGUAAAGUGAGUCCAAGGAUGGAAGAUUGGUUUGUGUGAUGUGCUGGGCUCUGUUCAUGAUCUUCUGUAGCUUUUUCCAGUCUUGGACAGGACAACUUCCAUACCAGGUUGUGAUGCACCCUAGAAGAAUGCUUUCUACGGUGCAUCUAUAAAAAUCAGUGAGGGAUUAAAAAGGGGUGACAUAGGAUUGGAAGGUGUAGAGUGUCUCUAUGAGUUGAGUUAAGAAGUGGCAAGGGUAAAAGGACCCUAAUGGCAGUUGUAUACAGGCCUCCAAACAGCAGCCAGGAUGUAGAUUACAAAUUACAGCAGGAGAUAGAAAAGGCAUAUCAGAAGGGCAAAGUCAUGAUAAUCCUUGGGGAUGUUAACAUGAAAGUGGAGUGGGAAAACCAGACCAGUACUGCACCUCAAGAGAGAGAAUAUGUAGAAUGUCUAACGGAUGGCUUUUCAGAACAGCUUGUUGAGCCCACUAGGGGAUUGGCUGUUCUGGAUUGGGUAUUGUGUAAUGAUCCAGAGGUGAUAAGAGAGCUUAAGGAACCCUAAGGGAACAGUGAUCACAAUAUGAUCGAGUUCAUUUUGAAAUUUGAGAAGUUAAAUUCCAAAGUGUCAGUAUUUCAGUGGAAUAAAGGAAAUUACAAAAACGUGAGAUGGGAGUUCUUCAAAGUUGACUGGAAAGAGACACUAGCAGGAAGGACAGCAGAGCAGCAAUGGCUGGAGUUUCUGUGAAAACUGAGGCAAGUGCAAGACAGAUGUAUUCCAAAUAAGAAGAAAUUUUUGAAUGGAAGAAGGACACUACCAUGGCUAACAAGUGAAAUCAGAGCCAAAGUAAAAGCAAAAGAGAGGGCACACAAGGAAGCCAAAGCUAGUGGGAAAAAAGAGGAUUGGGAAGCUUUUAAAACCCUGCAGAAGGAAACUAAGAAGGUCAUUAGGAAGGAAAAGAUGAAUUAUGAAUGGAAGCUGGCGAUUAAUAUCAAAGAAGAUACUAAAAGCUUUUUUAAGUAUAUAAAGGGCAAAAGAGAGUUGAAGGUAGUCAUAGGACUAAUAGAAAAUGAUGCUGGAGAUAUUGUAAUGAGAGAUGCAGAGAUGGUAGAGGAACUAAAUGAGUAUUUUUCAUCAAUCUUCACAGUGGAAGACAUCUGUAGUAAAAUGGACAUUCAAGGGUGUCAGGGAAGUGUAGUAUGCUCAGUAACAAUUACGACCGAGAAAGUGCUCAGAAAGCUUAACGGUCUGACGGUAGAUAAAUCUCCUGGACCUGAUGGAAUGCACCUUUGGGCUCUGAAGGAAGUAGCUGGAGAGAUUGUGGAGGCAUUAACAGUGAUCUUUCAAGAAUUGGUAGUUUCUAGCAUGACUGGAUAAUUGCAAGUUUAAUUCAGCUAUUUAAGAAGGGUGGGAGGCAGCAGAAAGGAAACUAUAGACCUGUUAGCCUGACAUCAGUGGUUGGGAAGCUGUUGGAAUCGAUUGUUAGGGAUGAGAUUAUGGAGUACCUGGAGGCACAUGACAAGAUGGGACAAAACCAGCAUGGUUUCCUGAAAGGAAAAUUCUCCCUGAGUAACCUACUGCAAUUUUUUGAGGAAAUUACAAGCAGGGUAGACAAAGGUGAUGCAGUAGACAUGGUGUACUUGGAUUUUCAGAAGGCCUUUGACAAGGUGCCGCACAUGAGGCUGCUUAGCGAGAUAAGAGCCCAUGGAAUUACAGGGAAGUUACUAGCAUGGGUGGAGCAUUGUCUGGUUGGCAGAAAACAGAGUGGAAAUAAAGGGAUCCUAUCUGGCCGGCUACCGGUUACCAGUGGAGUUCCACAGGGGUCAGUGUUGGGACUGCUGCUUCUUAUGAUGUACAUCAAUGAUUUGGACUAUGGGAUUAAUGGAUUUGUGGCUAAAUUUUAUGAUGAUACAAAGAUAGGUAGAGGAGCUGACAGUGCUGAGGAAACAGCAAACACGAGGAAAUCUGCAGAUG